AUGGGUACAGACUUGGCCCGGACAUUGCAGCGGAGGGCAUUGGAAGGCGAAGACGACUUGGUGGCAUCCGCUGCACAGCUUCAAGAUGCGGAUGGAGUUCGCCAGCUGGCGCAGCAUUGGGCGAAACUCUGUCUGGAGGCCUCUCCAUCGCAGCUGCCUCAACGUGCACGUGCCGUUUUCGCUUCGAUGACACGCGCAGACAUCUGCCUGCUGCUAAUGCCAGACUGCGCUCACUUCCUGCGCUUCGUGGAUCGGGAGGAGCAAGUGCUUUUUGCGGUGCGUGUCGCCGAGUUUGCGAGCACCUCACAGCAUCUUCGGGCGCCGGCAUUGGAGGUAUGGAUCGCUGUCUGGCCGCAAGCUGAAGGCGAUGAGGAUCUCGUUGCAGCACUAGAGCAGCUGGUUCAAAGCACCGCCCGCACUUCGGACUUGGCGGCUCCUGCCUUGACGCUUCUCGUGAAGAGCUUUGCCAAUGCGACGUCGUGGGCCCCGCACUGUGUGAAUGCUGCGCUGGGCGCCGUGGAGGCCUCCAUUGCCCCGGCCUCUUCUCCGUGGCCCCUCACCGUUGCCAUGGCGACUGCCUAUGGCUACGUGAUCCAGUGCGCUGCCACCAUCGCUAGCUGCCAGCCUCUUCCCAGUGCUCUUUCUCUGGUGGGCGCUCUCGCCUCUUGGAGUGACAACACCGACCUUGGUCGCGCGCUCCGGGCGGCGCUGCUGGGGAACGAAGCGGCGGUGAGGGGUCUGGUCGCCCAGAGCGAGGACACCCGCACCACUCAGCGCAUUGUUCGAGCCCUGGGCUUGUGA